GGAUAAAGACAGAUUCAAAAAGGUAUGUCCCGUAGAGAGUAGUGCUUGCAAUGCCAGGGUUGGGGGUUUGAUUCCCAUUGGGGACCAGUACAAAAAUGUUUGCACUCACUAAUGUAAGUUGCUCUAGAUAAGAGUGUCUGCUAAACGACAAAAAUGUUAUGUGUUUGAAACAGUUGUCUUUUCUGUUCUCCUUUAGGGAAGCCAGGCAAUCGUCCAACACUAUCCAGAAAGCCAAAUGAUUCGUCCCAAGAGGCAGGUUCACCACAUCUUUGCAAGAGUGUCAUAGAUGCAAUUAUGUUAGGUCCUUUUCGCAAGACAUAUGUCUUCAGCGGUCAGUAUGUUUGGACAGUGUCUGACACUACUGGCUACAACACACCCAUCCUGAUCUCUGUGCUGUGGAAGGAUCUGCCAGGGAGCCUCAACGCAGCUGUGUACUCUCAGAGGACCAACAAGUCCUACUUCCUGAAAGGAGACAAAGUGUGGAGGUAUACCAGAUUCAAACUUGACGUUGGCUUUCCGAAACACUUGGCCAGCAUUCCUUCUAAUGUCGAUUCAGCCUUGUACUUCAACCGGAACAACAAAGUGAUCUUCUUCAAGGGUUCUCAGUAUUGGCAGUGGGAUGAAGCUGGGGCAACGGACUCCAGGACGUAUCCCAAACCGAUAUCACAUCUCUUCUCUGGGGUACCCUACAACCUGGAUGCAGCCUUCACAUGGACAAACGGCCAUAUAUACAUUUUCAAAGGGAACCAGUACUGGCGCAUCAACAACAACCAAGUUGUGGAUAAGGGCUACCCUCUCAGAACGAGUGAAAAAUGGAUGCAAUGUGAUAAAUAGGCCUUUAGAGGUCAGUGGUGUUUUA